AUGUACAACUUGAAGAAUUAUGUGAAAGUAGCCAGUUUUUGCAGAACUUCCUAUAAAGGUGGUGGGGUUGCUAUUUUUUCUAACUAUAAAUCAACUAAAGCCAUAAAUAUAACAAAAUAUGCUAUAGAAUUGAGCUUUGAAGCUACAGCACUGGAAACUAAAAUUGCUGGGAAUUUAUGUUGUGUAUUAGGUUUGUAUCGAUCACCAAAUGGUAUAAUUAAAACCUUCUUUGAACAGCUGGAAGAUAUAAUCCAACACCUCUCAAAAACAUAUGCUUAUUUGAUCAUUAUAGGAGAUCUGAACAUAGACACGAGUAAAAAUACAGACAAUACUAAGACCCUACUGGACUUAUUGUGCAUAUACAAUCUAAAAAUAAAAAUAGAUAAACCAACCAGAGUAACAAAGCAUAGUGAAACUAUUAUUGAUCAUGUAAUAACAAAUAUUCCUACAUGCUAUUGUGACACACAGGUAAUAAACUCCACAUUAGCAGACCAUUUUGCAAUCAUGAUAGACAUAAAUAUAAAGACUAGUGAUUCAGUGCAGAAGAUAUGGGAGAUGAGAAGACAGAACUACCCACAUAACAUAAAUCUGCUAAAAAAGAUGUUAGAGGCAGAAAACUGGGAAACAAUAUAUGCAGCUAAAGAUGCAAACACCAAAUGGAACCAGUUUUAUUCUUUAUUCAAUUAUUAUUAUGAUGUUACAUGUCCUGUUAGUAAAAGGCUUGUCAAACAGCAACAAAAAAGGAAAAGCUGGGUGACUGGAGAAGUAAUCCAUGCCAGAAAUAAUCUGAGAGUGUAUUAUGACCUCUCCAAACAAAAAAAUAAUGAGGCCUACAACACACUGUAUAAAAUAAAAAAGAAAGAGUACUGUAGUUUUAUCAGAGAAACUAAAGCAUCAUUCAUCAGGAUGUCUAUAGAUAAGGGAAAGAACUACUCAAAAGGUUUAUGGUCGUUCAUUAAUGGAGAGAGAGGAAAAGUAACAAAUCGGGCAGAGGACAUCUGCCCACUGAUGAGUGGGAAAAGCAACGCAAACCCUCUAGAAGUAGCCAAUACUUUUAACAGAUAUUAUAUUACUGUAGCAGACGAAUUAAUAAGUCAAAAUAAAACAAAUGCAGUAAGUAAAUUGUUAAACCCCCCACAUACAAAUCAUACUAUGGUUUUCAUACCUACAACAGAUGCAGAAGUGUCAAACCUAAUAAAACAACUUAAAAUUAAACAUUCUUCUGGCUUGGAUGGUGUCACAUCACAUCUCAUAAAGGAAUGCAGAGAAUGUAUAUUAAAACCAUUGACACACAUGCUGAAUGCUGCGAUAGAAGAAGGUAUAUUUCCAGAUUCACUGAAAGUAAGUAAAGUGAAGCCAAUAUUUAAGAAAGGGAACAGGGAUGAAUUAGGAAAUUACAGGCCAAUAUCAUUGAUCUCAACAUUUGCUAAAAUCUAUGAAAUGAUAAUAAAGAAUAGAAUUGUAAGUUUUAUAACAAAGUACAGUAUACUGCAUUCAUCACAACAUGGUUUCAGAGAAGGGAAGUCAACAAAAACAGCAUCAACAGAUAUAAUUGAGCACAUUCUUAAUUUACUUGACAGGCAACAAAAGACUUGUGGGAUUUUUAUGGACCUAUCUAAGGGAAAUCAUGACUGUACUAAGAUUCGGUUUGUGGUUGACAAGGUCAGAGUCAUUAAGAAAUGCAAGGCAGCUACCAUGUCAGUCCUAGAAGAGAGAGACAUAGCAAACUGUCAAAGGAUGUACAUUCCCGGUGCAUAUGUUUGUGGUGAUGUACUAACCAACAUUAAGUUGUUCAAUGCUCUACCACUACAUAUCAAAUGUGGUCAUACAGAACUGCCAAAAUUUAAACUAGUUCUCAAAGAUUACCUGACAGAGAAAUCUUAUUAUAUUGUGGAUGAAUACCUGAAAUAA